AUGGCUGAGUCUAGUUACCCUUUACCACCAGACAACUAUUGUCCACUGUGUGUGGACACACUCAGAGACCCAGUCACCAUCGCCUGUGGAGACACUUACUGCCUGGAGUGCAUCAAGGUCUACUGGGACCAGUUUGACCACAUGGGUGUGUACAGCUGCCCACAGUGCCGCGCAACCUUCACGCCACGGCCUGUGCUGAGACGCAACCUUCCCGACGUAAACCACGAGCCCAGACGCCAGCUUCCAGAACUAACUCCUUUCCCCUACAUGCACCGGGAAUCCUUCUGCGAUUUCUGUGUUGGCCGUCGCAACAAGGCUGUCAAGUCGUGCCUCAUGUGCCUGGCCUACUACUGCGAAACACACGUCAAGCCACAUUAUGAGUCAUCCACCUUCAAGAGACACAAGCUGGUGGAUGAGACGGGCCACCUGGACAGGAAGAUCUGUCCCCAGCAUGAAAAAGGCCUGGAGCUCUUCUGUCGCUCUGACCAAAUGUGUAUCUGUGUGUUAUGCACUGUCAGAGAGCACCGCAGCCACAACAUUACCUCAGCAGAGGAAGAACGCAUCGAGAAACAAAAAGUCCUGGUGGUCACACAAUCUGAAGUCCAACACAUCAUUCAGGAGAGGAUGAAGGAGCUGCAGGAGCUCAAACAUAAUGUGGACGUUCUGAAAAGUAACGCCCAGCGAGCACAAGCAGAAAGUGAUAAGACAUUCCAUGAAAUGCUCCAAGCGGUGGAGCGCUGGAAGGCUGAAAUUCAUCAGAUGAUAACGGCCAACAUGCAAUCAGCAAUGUCACAAGCUGAGGGCUACUUGGACCGUCUGGAGCAGGAGAUACUUGAGCUUCAGCGCAGAGACGCAGAGCUACGGCAGAUCCUUGAAACAGAGGAUAACAUCCACUUCCUGCAGAAUUUUCCAACCCUGUGCGUUCCUCCUGAGGCCAUGGUACCCAAAGUGCUCAUCAACCCUCAGUUUUCCUUUGGUGAGAUGAGCAAAACAGCCACAGAAAUGAAGGAACAUCUGGAUGAUAUCUGUAAGAAGGAACUUGGCAAAAUCUCCAAGACAGUCAGUGAAACCCCUGUGUACAUACUUUUGCCAAGAAAUGGAGAGAAACGACUCAUGGUUCCUGGAAGAGUUGACUUUCAGGAGCCGAAAACUAGAACAGACUUUUUGAGAUACUUCUCUAAGUUGUCCUGCGAUCCAAACACAGUCUACAAAGAGCUGGUAGUGUCUGACGGGAACCAGAGGGUCACCCGGAAGAAAACAGUCCAGUUUUAUCCAGAUCACUCCGAACGCUUUGAUGGCUUCUCCCAGGUGCUGUGCAAGGAGCCUCUGACUGGUUUCAGAUUUUACUGGGAGGCAGAGUGGAGCGGGGAGUUUUCCAUUGGUGUGGCCUACAAGAGCAUCAGCCGCAAGGGGAAGAAUUCACACAGCCUGCUGGGUUACAAUGACAAGUCUUGGAGUCUCCUGUGCUCAGACUCAGGCUACUCAGCCUGGCACAACAAAGUAGACCGUGACCUUCCUGAUGCUCCGAGGGCUACACGAAUUGGUGUGUACCUGGACUAUGCAGGAAACACAGUGUCUUUUUACUCAGUCUCAGAGACUAUGGAGCUUAUCCACAGAUUCAAAGCUCAGUUUAGUGAGCCUUUAUAUGCAGGUUUUGGUGUGGGCUCCUCAGUUACCCUCUGCCAGCUGAAGAAGAAUCCAACACCUUACUAA